AUGUCUUCAAACUCAAUUCACAAGGCCAUAUCGAAACGACUCCAAAAAGCAAUCGACCACUUCACAGUCAAUGGGAAACUUCCGGUAGAAGUUGAGUGGAAGCCAUAUCAGAUCGAUCCUGGUACAGAGCCUAACGGAGAAGAGUUCAACGCGUAUUGCAAGCGUCGCUGGGGUGGGUCGGGUUGGACACAACAUCUACAGAGCGAAGGCGUCAAGAACGGAGCCCGUUUUUCGAACUGGAAAUGGUGGCCGAAUACGCUGCGUGGACACCAAUGGAUUAUGUACGGAAAAGAGAAGCACGGCUUGGACACGAAUAAAGCGAAUGAAGUGCUUUUUAGAGCGCUGUAUGAGCAAGGUGAAAACCUUAGCGAUACUGAAACCUUGAUUCGGUUGGCAGAGAACACACUGCCAGAAGUGGACGUUGAGGACUUGAGAGACUAUAUCACCAAAGACAAAGGCGCUGCGAGGGUAAUGCAAGAAAUUGAUCGGGGACGCCGAGCUUUCGGUAUCCAAGGAGUUCCAUUUUUUGUUGUUGGUGCAACAGGAUUGGCUACCCCCUAUGCUUUUUCUGGAGCCCAAGCUUCUGAGUCAUUUCUUGAAGUGUUCGAAGAGCUUUCAGAGAAGCUCAAGGAUUAGACAUUGAUUCAUUCUAACACCCCACAAGCAAAGAUGUUCGAUUACUUUUUGGUAUGACCUGUC